CCACUCUCCAAUUCCCUUCACUUGUCUCAUCUACUCUCUCUCUCUCUCCUAAAUCACACACACUCUCACUGCAUUGAAAGCUAUGGGGGCGAUGAACAGCUGGAUGUCGAUGAGGAUGAUUCUCAUAUCAGCUGGAGUUUUGUCCGCGGCUAUGGGGCUGAAGCUGUCGAUUCCGAUCGCCGUCGAAAAUGUCCCGGCGCUGUGGUCCGUCGUCAUAUCCUGGAUGAAACCUCCGUAUCUGUACAUAAUCAUCAACGGCAUCAUCAUCACCAUCGCCGCGUCGUCGCGCUUCCACCACAGCCACACUGAGCCUGCCGCGAUUCGAUCUGAGCGCUUGAUUUCGGUCAUAACGCCUACGCUCGAGAGUUUCGUUCCGCUUCCGGCUCCGGCGAAUUUCAAAACCACCGCCGCGCCGGAACCUCGGGCGGAGGUUGUGGUGCCGGCGGUUGAAAACAGGGUUGUCGAUUUGAAACCUGUGGUGGUGAACGGUUUGAAGGUUGAUUUCGCUACGGAAGUGGACGAUCUGCGGAUACUUCGAGCUGAGGCGGAAGAUGUGUUUGACGAAUCGGCUUUGCUGAACAAUUCGCCGGAAGUUAAUCUGGAAUCGCUCUUUCCAGCUAGAGAGAAACCGCUCGCUUCUUCCAGAUUCGUACACCGGAAGCCAAACAGAACCCCUUCUGAAGUUGCAGGUGCAAAGGCGCUGCGGCGGGUGGCUCGGCCGAAGAAGCAGGAGACGCUGGAGAGCACGUGGAAGAUGAUAACGGAGGGGAGGCACGUGCCGCUGACGAGGCACCUGAAGAAGUCGGAUACGUUCGAGCAGCAGGCGUCUCCGGUGAUGGAUCGUGUGGCUAUGGUUCCAAAGUCGGAGACGUUCAAGGAGCGUAGCAACUACGAGGCGAGGAUUCGGAAGGAACCGUCGCUGGGGCAGGACGAGUUGAAUCGGAGGGUGGAGGCGUUCAUCAAUAAGUUCAACGAAGAUAUGAGGAUGCAGCGCCAGGAAUCGCUCCAACAGUUCCACGAGAUGAUCAAUCGUGGAGUCUAGAUGGAGUUUUUCUUUCCCUUAUUUUUUGGGAAUGGAAAAAUUGAAGAUAACUGAAUAUACCUAUAACAAGAAUCAAGAUUAGAAUACUCAUUUUUAAUUGUGAUGAGGGUUUGAUGUAGCUAUGAAAUUCUUUGGUUAAAGUUUAUAGAAUACAGGGAAAAGGGUAUUUCUAGGUCGUGGACAAAUAUUAUUGUACUAUUACUAAUAUUAUUGUACUAUUACUCCAUUUGAUUGUGUACAUUAAUAUGAAUUUGGUUGUAGACUGCA